AUGGCGCAGCUCCUGCUCGACCUGACCCCCCACCUGGGCGUGCGGCUGUCGGUCGGCCACUGCGACCACCGCAUCCGCGCCGACUCAGCGGCCUGCGCCGCCUACGUGGGGCGGUGGGCGGCCGAGAGGGGCCUCGAGUGCUUCCAGGAGGUGGCAGAUGCAGCCCCAACCAACGAGGGCAUCGCGCGCGAGUGGCGCUACGGCGCCCUCGAGCGCCUCGCGCGCAAGGCCGGCUGCAGCCACGUCGCUGUCGGCCACACCGCCACCGACCGCGCGGAGACAAUGCUGCUCAACAUGAUGCGCGGCACAGGCACGGCCGGCCUGGCCUCAAUGCGGUGGCAGCGGCCGCUGGGCGGCGUGCCGGCCGAGGGCCGCAGCGGCGGGGGCGACGACUUGGGCGGCAGCGGCGGGAAGCUGGUGCUAGUGCGGCCGCUGCUGGACGUCACGCGGGAGCGGACCGGGGAGGAGUGCCGCCGGCGCCAACUCGGGGUGAGGGAGGUGGUGCCCUGGGAGGACCCCACAAACUACGACGUCCGGAUAGCGCGCAACGCGGUGCGCCACCGCAUCCUGCCUAUCAUGGGGAGCAUCAACUCGCGCGCGGUGGAGCACAUGGCCUCGUUGGCAGAGGCGCUGGGGGCUGACGUGGAGUUCCUCGAGGAAGCCGCCCGGAAGCUGCUGCUGCAGGCGCGCGAGCUGGCGGCCGUGCGCGCCGCGCAAGCGGCGGCGGCGGGCGAACCGUGGCCGCCGCGGCGGCCGCUGCGGCGGCGGCCGCAGGCGAGCGUGGCCCUGCAGGGGGCUGGCCCGUCGCGGGCCAUGGAAGUAUGCACCGUUGAGGAUGGCAGCCGUUUGCAGCGCGAACGCGCAGAGGACAGCGGCGAGGAGGGCGCCAGCGGCGGAUGCAGCACUCGGGACAGUGCCAGUCGCAGCGGCAGCAGCGGCGCCUGCUGCUGCGAAGUCUGUUCGGGCGUCGAUGGCGCCCUUGACCGGGCCCACCUGCUGACCGGUCACAAAGCAAUGCAGCGGCGGGCGCUGCUGCUGUGGUUGCGCGGGCACAUGGGCUCCGCGCCCACGUUUGAGUUGGUGGAGGAGGCGCGGCGCCUGUUGGACGCAGCGAGCGGCAGCAGGAGCAGCACCCUGAGGGGGGGCGGCGAGCUGGUGGUGCAGGGUCCCCUGCUGCUGCUGCGUGGCAGGUGCCGGGCCGAGGGCGAGGGUGUCGCGCAUGCGGCAGGGGCUGAGCCAGGGGAGGCACGCAGCGCGGACCCUCCUGUUGCCACUGUGUGGCGCAGCCGCGCCGGCCUUGCUGAUCUGGCGCCGCCUCACAGCAAGAAGGUAUCUGCCAGGUGA